AUGCUGCGUGGGCAGUAUCUCCGUCGCGGCGGCCAAGUCGAAGAUUUUUUCCACACCACGCGGCGGCUGGAACUGGCGCUGGCGUGGCUCCAGCAACACCAUUCACAUGAAGCGAUCCGCGACCGGCUUAUCUUUUGGAUGGUUCACAUCUGUCUGCAGCAAUUUCGCGUGGACGUCCUUCGCAGCAUCCAGUCCGAUAUCCAACCUGAGUGUCGGGAGGAUGCCUUGAGAGGACUCGAUCCGUUUUGCUUCGAAUACUUUCAAGACAUCCUGACGGACGACGUGUAUCUCAUCUCGGGCAACCGAUGCGACUUCAAGCAAGUCACCCACUUGGGGCACUUCCUGUUCGAUUUUGAAGAUGGGCGUAUUCGAGCACAUUGGGAAAAUCGACCGUUCCGCAAGCUCUAUCGACGAGCACGCACGGCGUUGAGUCUUCUCCCUGACGAGCGACAAGUCGAACAGACUUUCAGCCGUCGAUUUUGGCGGUCGCUUUACGCAUAUCAUUGGGUCUUGCCCUAUCCCUGUGCCGAGGUGUUCACACAGACGACGAAGCAAGGACAACGAAUGAUGUAUUCCAUCGAAUUGACGGAGGUGACCGGGCGAGUCGAAUGGGCCGAACCCGACCAAUGGAGGUGGGAACGGAAGUCUUGGCGGCCAGGCCAUCCUUCUCGUCUCCCGCAGUAUCUUUCAUGGGAUCGAGAAAAGUGGGAGGAUUGGAUCGAGCGACACAUGGAGUAG